ACAUGCGAGCAUAACGCGACGAGGUUGCUGGGAGCGAUACGAUAUGCUCCGACCAAUCGGCCGCGCUCUUCGCCAGGUUACUUCCUCUUCGUAUGACAAUCACCAUGUCCGGCGGCGAGCUUGCUCCGGAACUGCCGUAAAGCAUUGUUGUUCACUCCGGCACUACGAUACAAUCCCUCAUCUAUCGGACUCACCUCCAAACCUGCGGACGCUUUCUUCUCAUCAGUCUUUCUUACCAAAUUCUAAAUUUAAUCAAUGUAGAUACCUUACCACUGCCGCCUCGGCCUCCACUGCUGCCGUCGAGCAGCUGAAUAACGGCGGAAGUAAUGGUAUAGCAGAUACGAUAGACGCGUUUUCAGCAAUAGAGCUCGCGCUUGAUUCUGUUGUCAAGAUAUUUACUGUUUCCAGUAGCCCUAAUUAUCUUCUUCCAUGGCAAAACAAGUCCCAGCGUGAAUCCAUGGGUUCAGGUUUUGUUAUUUAUGGCAAGAGAAUUGUGACAAAUGCUCAUGUAGUGGCUGAUCAUACAUUUGUACUUGUUAGAAAACAUGGUUCUCCUACCAAGUAUAGAGCAGAGGUUAAAGCUGUUGGUCAUGAAUGUGAUCUGGCUAUUCUAGUUGUUGAGAGUGAUGAAUUCUGGGAGGGUAUGAAGUUUUUGGAGCUUGGAGACAUUCCAUUUAUGCAAGAAGCUGUGGCUGUUGUGGGAUAUCCUCAAGGUGGUGACAACAUUUCUGUCACAAAAGGGGUAGUCUCAAGAGUUGAACCUACACAAUAUGUACAUGGAGCCACUCAGCUCUUGGCAAUACAGAUUGAUGCAGCCAUAAAUCCAGGAAACAGUGGAGGACCAGCAAUCAUGGGUGAAAAGGUUGCCGGAGUAGCAUUCCAAAAUCUCUCUGGGGCAGAAAAUAUAGGUUACAUAAUUCCUGUGCCCGUGAUAAAACAUUUUGUUGAUGGUGUUGAAGCCAGUGGAAAUUAUGCCGGUUUCUGUUCUCUGGGCUUGUCAUGCCAACCUACUGAAAACAUUCAACUUCGUGAAUACUUUGGCAUGCGACCUGAUUUGACUGGCGUGCUUGUGAGUAAGAUUAAUCCACUUUCCGAUGCACAUAAUGUCUUAAAGAAAGAUGAUAUUGUCCUUGCGUUUGAUGGUGUUCCUAUAGCAAAUGAUGGAACAGUUCCUUUCCGGAAUAGGGAGCGAAUAACCUUUGAUCAUCUAGUUUCAAUGAAGAAGCCAAAUGAAACUGCUAUAGUUAGAGUAUUGAGAAAUGGUGAAGAGCUUGAGUUGACAGUUACACUUCGUCCAUUGAAGCCUCUUGUACCUAUCCAUCAGUUUGAUAAGGUUCCUAGUUAUUUUGUUUUUGCUGGUCUGGUGUUUGUUCCAUUGACCCAGCCAUACCUUCAUGAAUAUGGAGAAGACUGGUACAAUACCUCUCCACGUCGUCUUUGUGAACGAGCAUUGAGGGAGCUACCUAAAAAGCCUGGUGAAGAGAUUGUUAUUUUAUCUCAGGUCUUAAUGGAUGACAUCAAUGUGGGAUAUGAGCGUCUUGCUGAUUUACAGGUUAAGAAGGUUAACGGCAUUGAAAUUAACAACUUGAAACAUAUGUGCCAACUAGUUGAAGAGUGCAAAGAAGAGAAAUUGAGGUUGGAUUUGGAUGAUGAGAGAGUAAUAGUGUUAAGUUAUGAUAAAGCAAGAACAGCUACUUCUCAUAUCUUAAAGCGCCAUAGAAUACCGUCUGCCAUGUCCAUCGACCUAUUAACGACUCUUUCUGCUUGAGCCAAGUUUACUGUACUCCGCCCUUGGUUUUAGAUAUUUUUCACCCUCAAUAACCCAUCCGUCAAUUUUGUGGAAUGUGUUGUAACAGUGUUAUUUUCUGGAUGAUUAGAUACAUACACUCACUACAUUGUCCACGAUUUUGAAGUUAUAUUGGUUGGAGUUA